AUGUUGCCAGACCCACCACUUAAAAAACAUCGUGUGGAGCCGAGUGUUGAUUUACGCCCAUGGAUUGAGAAGUAUCGACCAAAGUCUUUGGACGAGGUCAAGUCGCAGGAGGAAGUUGUGCAGGCGUUGCGGUCCACCCUCCGACAGGGCGCAAGUAUGCCUCAUUUCCUUUUCCACGGCCCACCAGGGACGGGAAAAACAACUGCCAUACUUGCCGUCGCGCAUGAGUUGUUUGGACCCGAUUACAUUAAGAGUCGCGUUCGUGAGCUGAACGCAAGUGACGACCGUGGUAUUCAGGUAAUACGUGAGAAGGUUAAGUCCUUUGCACAAACGGCUGUGGGGAAUGUUGUGCAGAAGGUGCAGUCCGACGGAAAGAUUUACCCGGUGCCUCCCUUCAAAGUUAUCAUAUUGGACGAAGCGGAUGCCCUACUACCCGAUGCGCAGGCUGCCCUUCGUCGUAUGAUGGAGGACUUCAGUGAUGUUACACGAUUUUGCAUUCUCUGUAACUACGUAACUCGCAUCAUCGAUCCCAUAGCGAGCCGUUGUGCCAAGUACCGCUUCAAACCCCUCAUAAAAGAGGCCCUAUAUGAGCGUAUUAGUGAAGUUGCUAGUAGAGAGAACAUCCAAAUAUCGAGGUCUUCUAUAGAUGCGUUGGAUCAUGUGAGUGGCGGUGACCUACGCUUAGCGAUAAUGUACCUUCAGUAUGCGCAGAGGGCAAAUGGAAAUGACUUGCAGAAGGAGGAUUUUGUGGAAGUGUCGGGAUCCGUGCCUGCUAGCAUGAUGCAAACGUACCUUGCUGCUUUGAUGAUGAAAAGCUUCGACGAGGUGCGCAGUGUGACAAAACGACUUGUUCAGCAAGGUUACCCCGCUUGUCAGAUACUUGCCCAGCUUCAGGAUUACAUUGUCAGUGCUGCAUGUCCUCUUAAUUCCGCUCAGCGUGGAUCAAUUGCACUAAAGUUAUGCGACAUUGAGAAGCGUCUGUCGGAUGGAUGUGAUGAUUUUGUGCAGCUUCUUGAAUUAGGAAGUUUCAUAUGCUCAGUGUAA